GAACAACAAAACCCAAAACCCUAGCAAAGCAGCAGUGUGUGUUUAACUGGUUAUCGAAUCAUAUCGGUAAGAAGCUAAGAGACUAUGUGAAAGAAGAAAAAUGGUAGUGAGGAUUCGAUUGUCUAGGUUCGGAUGUAAGAACAAGCCUUUUUAUAGGGUGAUGGCUGCCAAUAGCAGAUCCCCAAGAGAUGGGAAGCAUCUCGAGGUCCUUGGUUACUACAAUCCUUUGCCAGGCCAAGACGGAGGUAAACGAAUGGGUCUUACCUUUGAAAGAGUCAAGUAUUGGUUAUCGGUUGGGGCACAGCCUUCAGAGCCGGUGCAACGCAUCCUUUUCAGAGCUGGAGUAUUGCCUCCGCCACCCAUGGUGGCAAUGGGACGCAAGGGUGGACCACGCGACAUGCGUCCCGUUGAUCCUAUGACUGGUCGUGUUUUAAACGAAGAGAAACCAAUUGCUGGCAACCAAGAAAAAAGUGGCAAAGAUGAGGCUGUUGAUGAGUCAAACUCUGCAUGAAAAGUUUAUAUUAUCCCUAAGACUCCUCACUCUGCAAUAUCUAAAAGUUGGGAAAAUGAAAAGGUGGAUUAUAUUGGAUGAUUGUAAAUUUUUGUCUGAAAAAUGACAUUUGCCAUUUGCAGAAACUGCCAGCUUAUUUCCAGUGGCCUGGCCCUGCGUACAAGAUUAGUUCAAUUAAAUGUGAUCCAAUGACAACUAUUUUGGAUCUUGAAUUCCCUUUACAAUACUGAACUAAACAUGUUGAAAUUAUUGCUAGGUUUCUUGUUUUCUCUGUAGUAGUCGUUUAUCUCAUGUGGAUCUUCCUGCAUGAUUUUUGCAGAAUAA